AAGAAGAAAAUCAGAUUCUCACAGAGCCAAACUUCAACUUCCCCUGUUCCUCCUCCAGCCACCGUAUUUUCCAGCAACUGAGUCUUUCACGCAGAGAAUUUCUCUCUCGCUCUCUGUUCGAUUAUAUUACUGACCUAACCGUUCAACAAAAUUCUCAGUUGGUUAACAUAACAUAUAUACAAAGAGACUGUGUGAUCUAAUCAUGGAUUCCCUCGCGUCAGUUUCUCCUUCCAUAGUUCUCCCUCCCAGUAAACCUCUUCCUACACGACGUCGUUCUAUCUCUACGGCCUCCUCUUCCUCCGCUUAUAAUCUUCGUCCUCGCCUUUUUAUCUCAUAUUCUUCAGUAUCUUCAAGAAGGAGAUGGACACGAGUUUCAUGUAAACUGAGCGGCGAUGGUAGGGCUAAUCGUCCAGAAGAUGAUGAAGAAGACGACGGACAAGAGGAGGUGGAUAGGGCGCUUCACUUGGAUGGUACAAUUCCAGGAACCUCGAAUGAGUUCGUUAAGCAAGUGUCUUCUCGUGCUUACGAUAUGCGAAGACAUCUUCAACAAACAUUUGAUAGCAGUAGCUAUGAUGUAUUGGAUGUCAACCCGUGGAGAGAGACCUCAAAGCCUGUAUAUGUACUAACCCACAGAGAAAACCAGUUGUGCACAAUGAAAACUCGAAGAAAUCGCAGUGAGGUGGAGAGGGAGCUUGGGUUACUAUUUUCUAAAGGAGGAAAGCGGAGAUCUGAAAUGGGAAAUCAGGCUAAACAGCCCAGAAGAGGGACAAAGUUCCAGAUGCUCGUGGAGGAUGUUAGAGAGGGCGUGCUUGUAUUUGAAGAUGAGAAUGAAGCUGUAAGAUAUUGCGAUUUACUGCAGGGAGGAGGUAAAGGAUGUGAAGGUGUCGCAGAAAUCGAAGCCUCAUCAGUAUUUGAUCUUUGCCAGAAAAUGAGGGCUCUUGCUGUUCUAUUCCGAAGGGGGAGGACACCUCCCCUGCCACAAAGCCUUGAGCUCAACUUGAGAGCUCGUAAGAGGUCCCUUGAAGACCAAGAGGACUUGAUAUGAAAUUCAGGUGAUUAUGUGAGAUGUGCUAUUCUAAAUAAUGAAUAGCAUAAAGUAAAUAUUGUAAUUAAAAUGAUAUUCACAAAUUGUAUGACAUAAAAAAACAUAGCUCAAUUUACACAUUUACACAUGUAUGCUCAAUGGUCAUGAUGUUCUUCCCUUUCCUGGAAAAAUUGAAUUCAGUUGGAUGUUAGAUUUACAUUGUCUUUUUCUUUUUCUUUUUUUAUUGAAGUCUUGAAGACCCUAAUAAAAGUAGUGGGACCUGCAUAAAGUGAA